AUGUCCGCGGAGAGCCAGUACCAACAGGCCGAAGGCAAGAUAAACAGAUUUUUAUUCAAGGACUACGAAGGGGCGAUGGAACUAUUUGAAGCAGCAGCCGUGCGGUUUAAGUUUGCGAAGGACUACAACCGUGCCGGGGAGGCAUACAUACGGGCCAGUGAUUGCGCGGUCAAGUGCAAAAACAAGCUGAUUGCCUGUCAGGCCCACGCGAAAGCCGUGAACGCGUACAUGAAAACGGACCUGAACCAGGCAGCCCAAAUUUUAGACGCUGCCACCGCCCUACAAAUUGAUAGCAAUAAGUUGAGCGAUGCCGCAAAGCUGGAGGAGGAAUUUGCAGAGGCUCUUUGCAAAGUUUCUCGGGGGAUGGAGGCAAUCCCUCACUAUGAGAAGGCUACGCAGUACUUCAGCGCGGAAAACAUGAAGUAUCGAACCCAGGCCUGCAUGGCUGCCAUGGCAAAAAUAUAUGGUGAAAAUGACAUGUUUGAUAAGGCCUUGGCGCUUUACGAGGAGGUAGGUAACAUGGCUGCGGACGGUUCGCUGCCCUACCAGGCGAAGGAGUUUUUUUUUCGAGCCAUGCUCUGCCGCUUUGCCAUCGUGACAGAUGAUAAUCGUCUUGAAAAAGGCGCUGAGGCGUUGGAGGCGCUUGAAACCUACAUGGCGCGCGACAAGUAUUUGAAGAACACUCGUGAGACGGAAUUCCUUCAGAUGUGCGCCGAGGCGGUGGAAGGGGCUGACAUGAAUAAGUUCGAUGCAGCUGUAUCACUUCUUAACGAUCUCCACAUGCUGGACGAGUGGAAGAGCCACGUUUUGCUUGUCGUCAAAAAAAAUAUAGAGAGUAUUCGGUAA